AUGUGGAUUGCUGCGACGAGAUUGGGUUACUGUCUGAUUGCUGAUCCUUACCAAGGGCGCUCAGAGCGUGUCGAUACAGGACUGGGACGUUAUGUUAUCAAGAAACUAAUAACUAAAGUACAAGAGGAGUAUCCCGACACAGUUUUCUCUGUCUACUGCGACAAUUUUUUUACUGGACUGCCAUUGGUUAGCGAGCUCAAAGAAAAAAACGUGUUCUUAACAGGGACGGUGCGGAAUAACCGAAUUGAAAACUGCCCACUAAAGGACAUGAAAAAAUGCCAAAAAGAAGAAAGAGGGUACUACGAUUACCAAUUGGAUGAAACAAACGGGAUAUGCGCUGUUAGGUGGCACGAUAAUAGUGUUGUAACACUAUUGUCUAGUGAACAUGGGGUACAUCCCAUACAAAAGGCGAAAAGGUACUCAGCUGCCCUAAAAUCAAGAAUCGAUAUUCCGCAACCAUACCUGAUUUCUCAAUACAAUCAAUAUAUGGGAGGUGUGGAUCGACUGGACGCCAACGUGGGCGUCUAUAGGAUUGCAAUGAGAGGCAAGAAGUGGUAUACACCUAUUAUUUUUUGGCUUAUUGACGUCGCGGUAAAUAAUGCCACACUUCUAGCUCGCCAGUACCGGAGUGACAUCGACACUCUUGAGUUUCGAAGGAGCAUUACCCGCGUAUGGCUGCAGAACUAUGGAAAUGAAAAGCUUCAACCCGGACCCACACGAAAGAUACAAACCACUGUACCUUAUUCGGUGCGGAAACACAAUUCGGAGCACAUGAUCGAAAAGGCUGUGAAGAGACUUCGAUGUGCUUUCUGUAAAAAUAAAACAGUUACAGCGUGUACUAAAUGUGGCGUCAAUUUGCAUGCAAAAUGUUUCUCUCUCUUUCACUCUUAA